AUGUCGAAGUCCGAUGAUGUCCCAGAAGUGUCGGAAAGGGGUUUGUUCAAGUCUGAGAAAGACAAGGAAGAUGAUAAAGAGGAAAAGAAUGACGGAUUUGUUGAGAAAGUGAAGGAUUUCAUUCAUGACAUUGGUGAGAAAAUUGAGGGAGUUAUUGGAAUCGGGAAACCGACUGCGGAUGUUAAAGGGAUUCACAUUCCAACGGUUAAUCUUCAUAAGAUAGAUCUUGUUGUUGAUGUUCUUAUUAAGAACCCUAAUCCGGUUCCAAUUCCUUUGAUUGAUAUUAAUUAUUUGAUUGAGAGUGAUGGAAGGAAGCUCGUUUCCGGUUUGAUACCGGAUGCAGGUACUAUCCAUUCUCAUGGAGAGGAAACUGUGAAAAUUCCUCUUACUUUGAUUUACGAUGAUAUUAAGAAAACAUAUGCUGAUAUUAAACCCGGGAGUAUUAUUCCUUAUUUGAUUAAGGUUGAUCUUAUCUUCGAUGUUCCUGUCUUGGGAAGGUUUACGUUACCAUUGGAUAAAACAGGAAAAAUUCCGAUUCCGUAUAAGCCUGAUGUUGAUAUUGAUAAGAUUCAGUUCAAAAAGUUUUCAAUGGAAGAGACGAUUGCGAAUCUUCAUUUGAAGUUGGAAAACAUGAAUGAUUUUGAUCUAGGUCUCAAUGCACUUGAUUAUGAGGUUUGGCUUGGCGAUGAUAACAUUGGAGGUGCACAGCUCAGUAAAUCUGCGAAUCUUGAGAAAAACGGAAUAAGUUACAUUGAUGUUCCGAUUACCUUUAGGCCUAAGGAUUUCGGUUCUGCGUUGUGGGAUAUGAUUAGAGGAAAAGGACUCGGUUACACCAUGAAAGGUAACAUUGAUGUUGAUACUCCCUUUGGUGGAAUGAAAUUGCCAAUCAGCAAAGUAGGCGGUACUACUCAUCUUAAGAAAGAUAAGGGUGCUGGAGGUGAUGACGACGAUGAUGACGAGGAUUGA